GUUUAUAAAUAGAGCCAUAAAGGAAAGUUGUGGAAGUUGUGACUGUCAAUAAAUUGUCUUUCUAAAUUUGAAAUAAUAAUUCAUGAUCAAAUACUGUCAAUUAAAAAACUUCGACCUUCAAGAACAUUAGGAGGCAUAGUUACAUUGGUUAUUAAAUAUUAGUUGAUUGUUCAAUGCAAAAUAACAGAUCAUUCCAACAAUUUAAAGAAGAAAAUAAAUUGGAAAAUUAUAGAAAAUUGACUUAAUAAUACAAUCUCUAGAUCUACCGAGUGCUUCAAACUAUUCACUGUUCAGUAUUCUCAAAUUCAAAUUUAAGAACAUGAUGAGAAAAGUUCAGAAGAAACAUAGCUUUUAUAAAACUUUAUUGAAAAGCAUACGCGGUGGCACUUCCAAAAUUAUAGGAAUGACUUCUCAUGAUGAGACAAUCUUAUCUCUAAUUGGUAAAAGAGGCACUGGAUUCAUCAAAAAUGAAAGUUGGAGUAGUGAUGUUGAUAUUUUUAUUGGUGGCUUUAAGUCAUACGUAUGUCUCUAUUGACAUCACAUUUCCUGUGUUUGGAAAUUAUACUCAAGGACAACCUGCUGCAUUUGGAGAUUUUGAUUCUGAUGAACUUACAGAUAUUUUUGUACUUAAAGAUCAUGGCCGAUCUAUUGAAAUUUUGUUUGGUUCUAAUUUUGAACCUUUUUUAAAGCCUGGUACACAAACAAAAUGCAAGUUUAAAAAACACCAAAUUACAUCGGUGGUGCCCGGGGACUUCAAUGGUGAUGCUCUUAUGGAUCUACUGGUUACUGUAAAAAAACCCAUAACAUUUACAUCAGGAGGGAUUUUCAAUUUAAUUCAAGGAAUUAAACAGGAUAAUGAUUUAGAUGUACAUAUUCUGUGGGGAGGAUUAAAUGUGUUGACAUGUCCAAAUGAAGAUAAACCUCUUUUCACUAUUAUUGAUCAACCUUUGCUUAUUAACUAUGAUAAUAAUAUGAUAGUAGAUUUAUUUGGAGUCAAAAGAAUGUUAGAUGGUACAACAAAAAGAAUGUUUUGGCUAUUUAAUUCAACUGGAGACUUUACAGAAUUGGCAAUGGAAAACUAUAAACCUGAAGAGAUAAGAAUUCCUCAAUCACACGGAUUUGUAGACGUAGGUGGAGAUAUUGCACCUGAUUUAUAUAUAACGACUACAAAAGGAUAUGAAAUAUGGCUUUUUGAUUCUGAAGUUGGUACAUUUAUUUUUAACCAUACUAUCCCAUUUCCUGACAAUUUAGAGUUUACAAAUGUUGGUCAGACUGCUUUCAUGGAUUUACAACUAAAAGGACACAUGGAUCAUAUUGUACCUGUUUGUUUUGAUACACUAUGUAUCAACAGCGCUAUUUAUUUUUAUGAUUCAAAUUGUUGGUAUAAGUUGGACAUAAAUUUCUAUAAUGGUAACAGUGUUUGGGGAUUUGUACCACCAAUGCCUAAUGUACCAUACCUAGAAACAAUCACAGUGCGACCCGGUGAUUUCAAUAUGGAUGGCUACCCUGAUUUGUUGUGCACAUUGUGUCUUGGAGGCAGUUUAAAGAAAACAAAAGUCAUUUUAAUGGAAAAUGUAGCUUGUACGACAGAUUGUGAUGGGUUUGACAGGACUUUUGUUGUUCGAUGGGACUUACUUCAAGCAAUAAAUGGUGGCAAUAACAAUAUUAUGGGAACAUUUUAUGAUUUUUUUCAAAAUGGUAUAUUAGAUGUAUUGUUGUUUAGUGAAGCUAACGGAAAGUACAGUAUGUCAGCUUUCAAGAAUAGUUUGGACUAUGAUGCAAAUUUUUUAAAAGUAAUGGUUGUUAACGGUUUAACAAAUAGCCAUUUUGAAAUGUUAUCUGGUCGAUUUAGAAAAAAAUCUCGAGCAUUCAGUGCUAACUUUCCUGGACCAAAAGUUAGUUAUGUGACUACCACCCAAGAUGGGUAUCCACGUCAAGGUACAGCUACACAGUUACCCCAGUCUGCAUAUUAUUCUCUUUACUUGCCUUACACAAUAUUUGGACUUGGACGUACUCCUAACUUUGUCGAUGAACUUACUGUUUCGAUUUUAAAUGAAACCCGUUGUUGGACACAAAUUAUCCCAAAUUCCCAAAUGGUUGUAAUCGUAAAUUCAAUAAAUGAUUCAAGUAGAUGGAAUGCUAAACUAUUUCUGACACCAAGCAAUUUAAUAUUUCAAAGUGCAGUUGCACUUGCAGGAACAUGCCUACUUAUUUUAGUUACAAUUGGAGUGCUGCACUUUAAAGAAUCAGAAGAAGAUCGCAUUGAAAAACGCAAGGAAUCACAUAAAUUUCAUUUUGAUGCUAUGUAGAAAAAUUUUUUUACUUACUGUGAUUAUUAUUAUAUUACUUCCUAUUUAUUGUUCAAUAAUAAGAAAAUACAAAGUUU